AUGGGAUCACGAAUAGACACGCUUGAAAAAUCUUUAGGCGAAUUAAUGCAACAAACUGUAUCUGACGAAAUUAUAAUUGAAGGAGCAAAGACUCAUAGAAAAGGGGUGAGCGUUAGGCAAUAUCAAAAAUCAGAUUCACGUGAGAUAAAUGAUAAUCAUAUAGUUUUAUCUAAUAGCGAUGACAAAAAAUUUAAACCUUCACUCAUGAACGGAACUUCGAGUGAUAAUAACAUAAACGAAUUGUUUGUUUCUACCAGAGAGGCUCUUAUGACCGUUCUCCCGCAAGCCUCCGACGAAAACAUUAGAAAGUACGAGAGACAACUUGAUGACGUAGAAGAUUUUGAUCCAGUUCUAAUCAUUUCUCCAAACCAAAAUUGGAUUAACCAACACUCAUUGCAAGCUUAUCAAGCGGUAAUGAAUGCAUUUGCGACCGAUAGACUCCGACAAAAUAAUCGCAGAGAUGAAAAUUCGCUUACUGUGUUCCACUUCGCAAAUGUGACUGAAAUGUACAAUGUACGUGGAAACAUUCGCACACAAUAUCCCAUUGCAUUCUACGACCCAAAAGCUCAACCUCAACAGGAGCCGAUUGGUAUCGCUUGGAUACUUACUAAGGUGGGGGUGCGCAGGAGUGAUUUUGGGGAGGAUGAUUCAUUUUUUGUUUCACACGAAUAA